CUGCCCUCUUCUUCUCAGAAGAAGCCUCCGCAUUCGCGUGCUAUGGUGCUCGAGCCUUCUCCCUGUCUCCUAUUCUUCUUAAUCAUCACACUCACCAAUGAUCAACCGAUCCCAAUCUCUUAGACCAGCAACGAGACACGAACAACCUCUCCUCGAUCUGCCGUCCGAUUCCUCCUCCCUUCCUCUUUCCUCGUGCAUGGCGUCCUCCGCCGCGAGCUCCUGGCACGCCGACGCGUUCGCCUUCUCGACCGGUUCCUUCACUGAGCUGCUCUCCGGAGCCGCGGCCGACGCCCGAGAGUUCUCGGACGGUGUCGCGGGUGAUGGAACUGACCUUCCCGAGUUCAAGUUCAUCGCUCCGCCGUCACUGCCCAUCUCUCCUUCCUCCUCCUACUUUGCCAUUCCGGCGGGGUUCAGCCCAGCUGCGCUCCUCGACUCGCCCGUUCUCCUCUCUUCUGGUAUGUUUCGAUCUCCUCAAGCUUUCGGUUAUCAGCAAGGCAUCAGGGAUGGAGACGAGUGCUUGGGUGAAUUCUCUUUCCAAAAUGGAACCAAGCAAGCAUCUUGUUUUCACCCUUCUUCCGCCUCAAUUCCAUCGGUACCAAUUGCUCCUUCCUGCUCUUCUUCCUUUCCUACAGGUUGCAGUUCAGAAGACCUUCGUGUCUUGAUGCCAUUUCUUCCCGAUGACGAAUCCUUUAAUGUGGUCAUACAGGACGAACACCAACCAUCAUGGAUGCACCAACAACAUUACAGCACCACCACUCCCACUACGAAAUCUGAAUCCACAGCCCCCAGAGAUAGCAACAGCCGCCACCCAUCUGGUUCAGCUCACCAUGCUCAAGCUGUUCAGACUCUGCAGAGGAGGUCAGAUGACGGAUACAACUGGAGGAAGUACGGGCAAAAGCAAGUGAAAGGAAGCGAGAACCCGCGCAGCUACUACAAGUGCACGUACCCGAGUUGCCCCACGAAGAAGAAGAUCGAGAGAUCUUUAGAUGGACAGAUUACCGAAAUCGUAUACAAAGGCACGCACAACCAUCCCAAGCCUCAGUCCACCACGAGGAACUUAGCUUGCGCGAAAGCAACUCGAUCUUUGAUGUUGGAGUCGGUUGCCACACCUGACAAUUCCUCCGUCUCCUUCGGCGAUGAUGAUCUCGAUUUGGGGUCUCAGGUGAGCAAGUCAGGAGUCGAUGAAUUCGAGGAGGAGGAACCUGAUGCUAAGCGAUGGAAGGGGAAGCAAGAAGGAGAAGGUGCUGGUAGCAGGACGGUGAGGGAGCCCAGGGUGGUGGUUCAGACCACGAGUGACAUUGACAUCCUCGACGAUGGAUAUCGCUGGAGGAAGUACGGGCAGAAGGUGGUGAAGGGGAAUCCCAAUCCAAGGAGCUACUACAAGUGCACCACCGUGGGUUGCUCGGUGAGGAAGCAUGUGGAGAGGGCUUGUCAUGAUCUCAGGGCGGUGAUCACCACGUACGAGGGCAAGCACAACCAUGAUGUCCCCGCGGCCCGUGGAAGUGGUGGACAAGGCAGCAGUAGCUUCGCCAUGGCGAUAAGACCGACGGCGACGACGAGCGGCCAUCAGAAUCAGAUGCUCAUCACCAACUCCAUCUUCAGCGGCAAAUCCGAUGGGUCGGCAAACCCGUCUCCUUUCAAUCCACAGAACCCAAGAAACUAUGAGUUCAGCUCUGGAUAUGAUAGUUCAAUAAGCACUUCUUACACGGAUCCCCAGCAGCGGGGGCAGAUACAGAGCGUGUUCUGCAAAGCAGCCGUAAAGGGAGAAGGAGAUGAGAUAUUUGUCUAGUCUCUGCUGUUCUGAAACUGUUUGUCAAGUAAGCACGGCAAAAUAGCUAUUGUAGUUGUAUAGUGUUGCAGGGGUUAAUCAUAUUAUACAGUAGAUUAGUUUGUUUCA